GAACCGGCCCCUCUGAAUGACGUAGCGGUCAGGCCAAGCAGAAGCAGCAGGAGAGAGCCCGGACUUAGGCCGGCCCGUCUCUCAUUAAAUCAGUGUGUUACGCGUCAGCGUCUAAGCUAGUGCGAUCGGCUAAUAACGGUCCUUAGGCAUCCAGGAGCGACCGGUUGUUGGUAUUCGGCUGCAGCAAAAGAGAGGGAGAGAGAGAAUAAUCUACGGUGAACUUCCGUACGUCCGAUCGCUAAUCGGAUCGGAGGACAGACAGAGAGAAUUUAAUUACGUCGUCUAUACGUCGUCGUCUCCCAGGCAGCCAGCCAGCCAGCCGGUGGAACAACCAACGAUGGUCGUGAAGAUCUACAUAUCGGGUAUCAGCGGUAACAAGGAAGUAAAAAAGAGGCAACAACGUGUAACGAUGAUUCUAGAUAGUAAAAAUGUAGAAUACGAGAUCAUUGAUAUAACAGAGCCGGGCAAGGAACUAGAUAAAGAAUUUAUGCAAGCUAACAGUAAUGCUAGAACCAACAAGUAUCCAUUGCCACCGCAAAUAUUUAAUGAGGAUGAUUAUUGCGGAGAUUAUGAAGACUUUGAUUUAGCAAACGAAUUGGAUGAAUUGGAAAAGUUUUUGAAAGUGACACCGGCAAUCAGCACUGCAGAAAUCACUCUUGAUUCAAAAUCUCAAAAUGCUGAAAUUCAAGAGAAUGGAAAUACUUCAAGUCGAGAGCCUUCUGCGGACAAAGAAGCAGAUAUAGUACUCUCUGAUAGUUUACCAGAAAGAACAACUCUAGACAGCAACAACAAAGCCUUAGAUGACUCUAAACCGACUGAAGCAGAUAGCGCUGCAAAAAUUAUUACUAGUGAUGAAGGUGAAAAUGCUGAAGAUAAUGGGGAUAAAAAUGAAGAAAAAUCCGACGACCAAGAAAAAGAGGAAUAAGAUACGCGAGAUAUACCCAAGUAAAGUUGGGAUAUAUUCCAUACAUCCUUCCUUUUCCACCCGAGCGUAUUUUGCAAAGCUACGUUUAUUACAUUACUAAGGCUGAAUAAAGGUACUGCCAAGAUAAUAUUCUGUAUUAUGGAAAGUCUGCUGAAUGAACAGUACAAGUGACACGCAUAGAGAACAUACUUUUAUAGGAUAUACUUUGUAUUUUAGAUCAAGCGCGUCUUCACACACCAAUGUCUGUUUUGAAACAGAGGUUUGAUUGGGUGAUACAAAACACAUACAUCCUUAAUAUUGUUGUCUUUAUACAUGUUGUCUUCACCUUUAUUGUUUAUUAUUUCAUAUUAUUUCGCACACUGCUCCGCACCCAAUAUAUUACAGCACUCUCGAUAAAAUUAAAGCAAUUUUUUCUUUUUUUUUUCCCCAUUAAGAAUGCAACUUUUUAAUUAUUUUAUUGCUAGCUGCGAAGCGUAUAAAUAAAUAUAGAAGAUAUAGCAACAAAUGCAUACACACGAUAUCAUUUGAGAUAUACGAGGACAAAUAUACAUAUAUAUAUUAUAUAUCGAAUUUUUUUAUGUCUAAAAAUAU